GGGGCCUCGUGGCGCGGUGUAGGGGCGGGGCCCCCUUGGCUGCUUUCGGCGUCGGCCUAGGUGCGCUGCGAGCGCGCGCGGACCGCGCACAGGCGGCGGAACCGGUAUGGGCCCGCCUGGCCCUGGGCGCCGCGCCGCACGAGCACCAACCUAGAGCCAGGACUGAAGCUUCAAGAUGGCUGACCAGGACCCUGCGGGCAUCAGCCCCCUCCAGCAAAUGGUGGCCUCAGGCGCCGGGGCUGUGGUUACCUCUCUCUUCAUGACACCCCUGGACGUGGUGAAGGUUCGCCUGCAGUCUCAGCGGCCCUCCAUGGCCAGCGAGCUGAUGCCUUCCUCCAGACUGUGGAGCCUCUCCUAUACCAAAUUGCCCUUCUCUCUCCAAUCCACAGGGAAGUGCCUCCUGUACUGCAAUGGUGUCCUGGAGCCUCUGUACCUGUGCCCAAAUGGUGCCCGCUGUGCCACCUGGUUUCAAGACCCUACCCGCUUCACUGGCACCAUGGAUGCCUUCGUGAAGAUCGUGAGGCACGAGGGCACCAGGACCCUCUGGAGCGGCCUCCCCGCCACCCUGGUGAUGACUGUGCCAGCUACCGCCAUCUACUUCACUGCCUAUGACCAACUGAAGGCCUUCCUGUGUGGUCGAGCCCUGACCUCUGACCUCUACGCACCCAUGGUGGCUGGCGCGCUGGCCCGCUUGGGCACCGUGACUGUGAUCAGCCCCCUGGAGCUUAUGCGGACAAAGCUGCAGGCUCAGCAUGUGUCGUACCGGGAGCUGGGUGCCUGUGUUCGAACUGCAGUGGCUCAGGGUGGCUGGCGCUCACUGUGGCUGGGCUGGGGCCCCACUGCCCUUCGAGAUGUGCCCUUCUCAGUGCAUCCCUCACCCCAAGCCCUGUACUGGUUCAACUAUGAGCUGGUGAAGAGCUGGCUCAAUGGGCUCAGGCCGAAGGACCAGACUUCUGUGGGCAUGAGCUUUGUGGCUGGUGGCAUCUCAGGGACGGUGGCUGCAGUGCUGACUCUACCCUUUGACGUGGUAAAGACCCAACGCCAGGUCGCUCUGGGAGCAAUGGAGGCUGUGAGAGUGAACCCCCUGCAUGUGGACUCCACCUGGCUGCUGCUGCAGAGGAUCCGGGCCGAGUCGGGCACCAAGGGACUCUUUGCAGGCUUCCUUCCUCGGAUCAUCAAGGCUGCCCCCUCCUGUGCCAUCAUGAUCAGCACCUAUGAGUUCGGCAAAAGCUUCUUCCAGAGGCUGAACCAGGACCGGCUUCUGGGCGGCUGAAAGGGGCAAGGAGGCAAGGACCCCGUCUCUCCCACGGAUGGGGAGAGGGCAGGAGGAGACCCAGCCAAGUGCCUUUUCCUCAGCACUGAGGGAGGGGGCUUGUUUCCCUUCCCUCCCGGCGACAAGCUCCAGGGCAGGGCUGUCCCUCUGGGCGGCCCAGCACUUCCUCAGACACAACUUCUUCCUGCUGCUCCAGUCGUGGGGAUCAUCACUUACCCACCCCCCAAGUUCAAGACCAAAUCUUCCAGCUGCCCCCUUCGUGUUUCCCUGUGUUUGCUGUAGCUGGGCAUGUCUCCAGGAACCAAGAAGCCCUCAGCCUGGUGUAGUCUCCCUGACCCUUGUUAAUUCCUUAAGUCUAAAGAUGAUGAACUUC